UUUAUGAUUACUGUUUGCGCAAGAGCAGUUUCUGUAUAGUCAAGAAUUCAUCUGCAUCAGAAGGUCUUCUACAGCGACGACAUCGAUUCUUCGAAGGAACGUGAUGCUCAAUCGUCUCCAAUAGUUGCACUUACCAAUCUUCCAUGGCUCUUUCUUUAGGGAAAAUCACGAUCAUCGUUGGUGCAGGUAUUGCUACAACGGUCCUCGCACAGGAAGGUCAUAUCUCAUUCGUCUCUGAUUUUCUCUCUGGGGCUUGCAAGAUUCUUAUUAAGCAAAUUGCGAAUGGGGAUGCUAAACCAUCUAAAAGCAAGCCCAAGAAUGAUGCUUUAAUGGCACAGGUAAAUAGUCUGAGGCAGGAGCUGCAACUUUUGGCAUCAGGCAGACCAGUCACAAUUAUCACUUCAAGUGGUUCAGGUCCCAGAAGAUAUGGGGUUGUCAUCGUUAUUAUUGUUGUUGGAUAUGGUUAUAUCCGGUGGAAGGGAUGGAAACUUCCAGAUAUGAUGUUUGCAACUAAGCGUGGCUUGUCUGAUGCAUGCAAUACUGUAGCCAAACAACUUGAGAAUGUGUACACCUCAAUUUCGGCCACAAAGCAACAUUUAUCCGAAAGGAUUGACAGGGUUGAUAUUAAUUUAGAUGAAUGUGCAGGUCAUUUGUCUACCACCAAAAAUGAGGUUUCAGAAUUAAGUGGAGAGAUGAAGUCGAUUGGUGAUGAUGUUCAAUCUGUUCACGGGCUAGUCCGAACCCUGGAGACCAAGAUUCACAGAAUAGAAGCGAAACAGGAUUCUACAAAUGAUGGAGUUAGAAGGUUGGUUGUUUAUGCCCGGAACUUGGAGAAUGUGAAAGCUGCAGAGCGCAUUGAGGGAUCAAAUUUAUCAAGACCUGCUCUUGAAAUGGCACCAUUAACACCCCCAUCCAGGGUUGGAUCAUUGCCUCCCCUUCCAGCAUCAGAAUCACUGUCCCCAACCAGCUCCAGUGGAUUUGGCAAGGUCCGACGACCUCUCCAAAGUGCAGUCUCAGACUCGGGUCUUAAGGAGCUGUAUGGGAUUUCCGAAACUUCAAGCAGUUCUUCUCAAGUUUCAGUUGAGGUCAUUUCCAGCCCAGAAAUUUCCACCAAUAAUAGUUCAACUACUACACCUACUGCUUCUACUUCUACUACUACUACACCUUCUUUAUUUAGUCGCCAGUUAGGUAUGGGUGCUUCUUUUCUUACAAGAGCCAGAAGUGCUCUGCAGUCAGCCAAAUAGACUCGAGAAUGAAGAUUGUCGGUUUAUUUUAUGGUCAAAAUUCUCAAUGUUGGUCCAUAGAGAGUCGAACAUCGGGUGCCUCCGGUUAUAUAACAAUAUAAUUUCACAUUAUGGUGGACAAUGAGUUUUGUAGAGUUGCUCUAAAUUCAUACUACUACUACUACUAGGAUUUAUUUAUUCUAGUUGAAUUUGUCUCGUAUACAGUAGUUGUUGCCUCCCUUGGAAAGUGCAAGACCAAGGGAUAAUAAUAAAAUUUACCUCAGUAUAACCUGGCUA